GGCUACGGCGUCAGCUCGGGCAAGCCCUCGGAGAAGAACCUCUACGCCGACAUCGACGCCGCGUGGCAGGCGCUGCGCACCCGGUACGGUGUGAGCCCUGAGAACAUCAUCCUGUAUGGCCAGAGCAUCGGGACGGUCCCCACGGUGGACCUGGCCUCUCGGUACGAGUGCGCGGCCGUCAUUCUCCAUUCCCCUCUGAUGUCUGGUCUGCGGGUGGCCUUUCCCGACACCAGGAAGACAUACUGCUUUGAUGCUUUCCCCAGCAUUGACAAGAUUUCGAAAGUCACCUCCCCCGUGUUGGUCAUUCACGGCACCGAGGACGAGGUCAUCGAUUUCUCCCACGGCCUGGCCAUGUACGAGCGCUGCCCCCGAGCCGUGGAGCCCCUCUGGGUGGAAGGGGCCGGUCACAAUGACAUAGAGCUUUAUGCACAAUACCUAGAAAGGCUAAAACAGUUCAUAUCGCACGAGCUUCCUAAUUCUUGAAGAAGGCACCUCCGUCUUACCUCAUCUGCUGUGAACAGAAGGGUACUCUGUUUUGCACACGCUUUAACUGGAUCGCUGUGAAGCGGCCUGAUCACCAUGAAGAAGUGCCCAACCUUUAGGGUGUCCUCAUCGAAGAGCUGGGGAGCCCUCGGCCUUUUUUAUCUCGACGUGGUUUUGACUCAUUCCCACACCAUGUGCGACCGAACCGGUGUGACCUCCUACUUCCCGACCGGGCUGGGAUCGGGUGGGGUGGGGGGAGCUGAAUGUGGGGGCAGCUGUGUCUGCAUCUCUGCUCUCCUCCCUCCCCAGCAUUUAGGGUUCACUCAUGUGGGACUCGGCCCUCUCCACCAGUGUUCUCAGUAUUUGAGAAGUACCCCUCCCCUCUUCUCCACUCACCCCUUCUCCCCCUCCCUCCCUCCCUCUCCUCUCAGCCACUGGAUUUCCUGGGUGCGAUUGUCUGUAAGCUGUGAUGAUGUAACUGGAAAAUCCCUUGUUAGCCGAGGAACCUGCCUGGGUUCAUGGUCAUUGACAUGCUGUUCCUUCCCUCAAACAGCUCCCACUGUGAAGGCUAACUCCCUGGAGCGCUUCACGGACAGUGUCCACACCUGUGACCGUCUAGAUAGAACUGGAAUCUUCCUAAACAAAUCGAAACGUGUGUGUGUGUGUGUGUGUGU